AGUGGGGAUGUCGUUCCUGUGCCAGCGGGACAGCUGGGCCCGGGAGUUCACAACCCGGGUGGUCUCCUGCUGCCCUGCCCAGUUACCAGCCAAAAACAGUGGAAAGAAGGAGACUCUGCAAGGAUUCCAUGUCAUCUUGGAAGACACCAUUCUGUUCCCAGAGGGUGGAGGGCAGCCUGAUGACCAGGGGGUCAUAAAUGGCAUCCCCGUGCUCAGAGUCACCCGACGAGGCUCAGAUGCUCUGCACUUUGUCCAGACCCCCAUUGAACCAGGCACUGAGGUGCAGCUAGUGCUGGACUGGGACCGACGGUUUGACCACAUGCAGCAGCAUUCAGGACAACACCUUAUCACAGCUGUUGCAGAACAGAUGUUUGGUUUCAAGACAACGUCAUGGGAGCUGGGUCGUCAGCAGAGCACCGUGGAACUGGAAACCCGCUCUGUGACAGCAGAUCAGGUGGCAGCCCUGGAGGAGACUGUGAACAACAAGAUCCGAGCCCGAAUCCCUGUGGUGGUGCACCACUUGGCAGAAGGCGAAGCUGAAGGGGAUGGGGUGAGGAGCCGCGGCUUGCCAGACGAUCACACUGGCCCUGUGAGGAUAGUAAGCAUUGAAGGGGUGGAUGCAAACAUGUGCUGUGGUACACAUGUCUCCAACCUCAGUGACCUGCAGGUUAUUAAACUCCUGGGCACUGAAAAGGGGAAAAAGAACAAGACCAACCUGGUUUUCCUUGCUGGAAACAGAGUGCUGAAGUCUCUGGCGCAGAGUCAUGCCACCGAAAAGGCCCUCACGUCACUGCUUAAAUGCGGCUCCGAGGAGCACGUAGAAGCUGUGAAGAGGCUACAAAACUCUCUGAAGCAACUGCACAAGAACAAUUUGAACCUACAGAGAGAUUUAGCUGUCUUAAUUGCUCAGCAAUUCAAAAGCAACCCAGCUCGGGAACCCGUGUUUAUGUUACACAGGAAAGAUGGUGAUUCUGAGUUCAUGAACAUGGUGGCGAAUGAGAUUGGCACAGAGGAAACCCUCCUAUUCCUCUCGGUGGGAGACGAAAAGGCAGCUGGCCUUUUUCUGCUUGCAGGGCCUAUCGAGGCUGUGGAGAAACUGGGGCCCAGGGUGGCAGAACUUCUGAAGGGGAAAGGAGCCGGGAAACAUGGCCGCUAUCAGGGCAAAGCCACGUGCAUGAAUCAGCGGGAAGCAGUACACGCUCUCAUCCGGGAGUUCAUUAACCAUGGCAGCUCAGAGCGGUGAACUUCCCCCUAAACUUUCCCCCUAUUAAAACAAUAAAAUGGCUUCUCUUGUCUGUG